UUUAAAUUUCAUUAAAAGUUUUAAAUUACAAAAAUGCCCUCCCUUUGCCUGCUGCUAGUCAUCUGCCUCGCUGCGUACUGCCAAGCGAUACGCGUGGAUUGGGGCACCAAUACGGGCCCAAUUGUGCCGCCGCCGCCACGAACGACGCCCACGCCCCCACAGCAGCCAUACCGCGAGCCGGCACCUGUUUGGGAGGAUCAAAGCAACGAUGUGCCCAACCCCAAGCCCUAUGUUUAUGUGCUGCCGCCUCCGUCUCGCCCGCGCACUUGGAUCAUACCCGCUGGCCCCUAUGCGCCGGCCAACUACAACAAUCUGCCGCCCAAGUACAACUAUGGCCAACAGCUGGUGAAUCCGCAAUACAGUAAUGCAGGAGCCACGGGCACUGUGAGCGUGCCCGCGCUGGCGGCCCAGUAUGUGCCCGGCGUGGGCAUCAAAUACACCGCCAUUGUGCCCAGCAAGCUGCAGGGCAAAUACAAUGCGAAGACCAAGAAAUACAAGGCCUACGAGAAGGCAAAAUAUGCGCCAUGGAACUAUUUGCAGCUGCUGCCGGUGGAGGAGAAGGCGCUGGACUGGCAAGCGCCAGAGCAGGAGGCGCACACCGAGUUGCCGCUAGACACACUAAGCUCCUCCACGACGGCAGCGCCCAGCGGCAGCAGCAGCGGCAGCCCAGCAGAGCUGACUGCAUUUAAUUCAACAACAACAACAACAACAACGACCACAACGCAACAGCCCACAACAACGACAACGACAACAACAGCAGCAGCAGCAGCAGCUACAACGGCUGCAACAUUUGCCAAUUACAAGCUGGCACAUGAGAAGAGCGCCUAUCUGAAGAAGCACAACAAGCUGAAGAAGCUGCUCGAAAAGCUGCAGGCACCCAGCAACGAGACGCAACCGACGGCGACCUCAAGUUGAGCGUUGCACAGCGAAAAUAAAUGGAAAAAUCAACAUAAAAUCAACGCAAAACAAACGUGAAUUUUACGUUAAGACUUGCCCCAAAAUUUUUGUAAAUACGUAAAA